AUGGCAGCACACCUUGCGAAGGCUGCACUUCUUGCGAGGGUACCACACCCUGCGAAUGCAGAUCUCUGUGCAAAGGCAGCACUCCGUGGGAAGGCAGCACUACGUGCGAAGGCUGCACUCCGUGCGAAGGCUGCACUCCUUGCGAAGGCAGCACUCCUUGCGAAGGCAGCACUCCUAGCGAAGGCAGCACUCCUUGCAAAGGCAACACUUCUUGCGAAGGCACCACUCCCUGCGAAUGUAGAUCUCUGUGCAAAGGCAGCUAUCCGUGCGAAGGCAGCACUACGUGCGAAGGCUGCACUCCGUACGAAGGCAGCACUCCUUGCAAAGGCAGCACUCCCUGCAAAGGCAGCACUCCCUGCGAAGGCAGCCCUUAUUGCGAAGCAGCACUCCUAG